CUCGGCUCAAUGUAGCGUCAGUGUAGCUGGCUAGCAGGUUAGCAUCUACUUGAUUUGAGUCAGUCUGACGACGACGAAUGAUACAAAGACCUCUCCACGAUUAUGUCUGACCUACUGCACAACCUCUAGUCAAAGAUCCACCAUUCGACAAGACUGCUCUGCUGUUUUUAAGGUCCUACUGCAAAAAAUGAAAGCGAGCACUCGGUAGGCCGUACCAGAUCAGACUCACCAGCCCCACACAGAAAAAGGCCCAGCAUGAACUCCUCCAGAUCUCCCAGAAGCUCCAAACACCGCCAUUCUCGCUCAAGGUCACGAUCCAGGGACAGAAAAAGGAACAGGAAGCAGAGACGCAGUCGCAGCAGGAGCAAAGAGGCACGAAAGAGGGACUCGGAGAAGCCGUCCAAGUCUCACAAGUCGACGGACGAGCACCACCACCAACACGAGAGACUCUCGGCCGAGGACGGAGACGAGAGAUCCAAGCGCAAGGACAGGAGGUCCCCCAGAGGGCGCAGCUCUUCCCGAUCGCACUCACGAGACAGGCGUCAUCACAGCAGAAGCAGGGACAAGCGACGAUCGCGGUCACACAGCCGCGACAGGAAGCGGAGGCCUCGCUCUCGCUCACGGUCAAGGUCCAAACACCGGCAUCACAGCAAAAGUCGCAGCAAGAGCAGGGAGCGAAAGAAAAAGAACGAAAAGGCACGCAGGAGGAGUCGCAGCACGACGCCUAAUCCACCUGUCUUCCGGGGCCGGAACACGGCGAUGGACGCGCAAGAGGCCCUUGCCAGAAGGUUAGAGCGAGCCAAGAAACUCCAGGAGCAGAAGGAGAAGGAAUUGUUAGAAAAACGACAACAGGAAAUUGUUGCAGGGGCCUCCCCGGCCGCUUGUGCUGCCGCAGCUGCAGCCGCAGCAGCCAACGCCACCUCAUCAAGCCCCGCCCUUAACGUAGCGGCCCUGUUGGCCUCCGGGACACAGGUGACGCCGCAGAUCGCCAUGGCGGCGCAGAUGGCGGCGCUUCAAGCCAAAACACUGUCCGAGACCGGCAUCGCCGUUCCCAGCUUCUAUAACCCGUCCGCCGUCAACCCGUCGAAGUUUGCCGAGCAGGAAAAAAAGAGGAAAAUGUUGUGGCAGGGAAAGAAGGAAGGGGACAAGUCCCAGACGGCAGAGUUAUGGGAGAAACUGAACUUUGGAAACAAGGACCAAAAUGUUAAAUUUCGCAAACUAAUGGGGAUUAAAGGCGAAGACGACGGGGAAGCUUCAAAACCACUUAAUGACGAAGGUCUUAAGACUCUCCAGAAGCAAGAGGAGAUGUUUCGGAACCUUGACGUCCAGUACGAGAUGGCUCGAUCUCAGACUCACACCCAGCGAGGAAUGGGCCUGGGCUUUUCCUCUGCAUUUUCCCGUGGAAUGGAUUCCAUCUAGCGCGCUGAUGGACGGACACUUGAUGACACCAUACAGGACUUCCAGCUCAUGGCUAUAGCCUCCUCAGCUUGCAUGGAUAAUUUAUUCAUAGAGGAACACGUGUGUGUGUAAAUAAGAAGCUGAGCUCAUCGCAGCAUCGUAUCAGAGUUGAUGCCUCGCUUUAAAAAGGAUGAUAGAUCUUUGUUUGAAUACUGUGGUAGUUUUUUUUAACACAUGUGAUUGGUUCAAAGUGAUAUGCAUAUAAUGUGAACGCUCUUUUCAUCUGUUUCGCAAAAGGGUACUAAAAAAAAAAAUCCCAUACACUGCAGUAUUUCCAUUUCUUCAUUUGGGGAUACAACACUCAACAACAGGGGUGCCGUAUGGGGGGGGUACGUUCGGACAAUUCCAAGGGCCAUUGUCAAAAAUAGGGAAGUGGUGACGAUGGCUGUCGGGAGGGUCCAAUAUGAUGUUUUUCCUCAUGGGACCUACAAUUUCUUGCAGCACCCCUGCUCAGCACAAUUGUUUGAAGGCAGGCGUGUCCAAAGACAAACACUCUUAAAUAAAAUGCAAUGCAAUAUGGAUAGAAUAUAAUCAAAUAAAAAGAAUAUACACUUUAUACAAGGGAGGGCAGACUACAGCGUAAUAAUGUGGUAUUAUCUUUUACAGGCAGGUGAGGUAUUGUAGAGCUGGAUGGUGUGUGGAAUCAAUGAAGUCCUGUAGCGUUUACUCUCGUAACUGGAGGAGUCUGUUGGAGAAUGAGCGCUGCUGCCACUCUUGUUCGAUGGAGUGGGUUGUCCAUGAUGGAGAGCAGUUUGUCCAGUGUCCUCCUGUCUCUCACUGUUACAAACGUCUCCAACUGAGUGCCGAUAACUUGGUUGGGCUUUUCGGAUCAGUUUGUCCAUCUGGUUUAUGUCCGUUUUGCUGGUGCUGCUCCCCCAACAAACCAUAGCAAAAUACUGGCAGAAGAUCUCCAGCAGCUUGCUGCACAAAGUGAUGGACAAGAUGAAAAGUCAUAAAUAUGAGAUAAACAAUCGAAAUUAUGAGAUAGACCACUCAAAAUUAAGAAAUAAAAAGUUGUAAUUAUGACAACGUGUAGGAUGAUACUGUUUUAUGAACUUGUUAGCUGAGUGAGUAAACAUUUAUUACAAGUAGAUAAAAUAACUGUUUGCAUUGAUGUUUGAUUGAAUUAUUAACAGAGUGCCUUCAUAUAGUACGGUACAAAUAUAACUCUUUUAUGAUUGAGUGAUUACAAGUAGUUCAUAGAAAUAAUGCUUUAGGAAACAAUUAGUUGAGUAGAUGAACAACUGUAAGUAUGCCAAAGGUCAAACAAAUAGUGCAACCUCAAACAUAGUGUACAAUCAGCAAAGGUCAGCCGGGACCAGCAGCCAGAUAUUGGAACCUUAAGGAUAUUGGUCCUUUUGACCUUUAGUAGGUUGACAAAGGUCAAUGCUGCGUUAGUCAAAAUAAUGAGGUAAGUCACAAUUAUGAGAUAAAACAUUGAAAUUAUGAUUCUCGAUUAUGAGGUUAGGUCAGUGAUGAGAUUUAAAUUAUGAGAUACAAACUGCGCAUGUGCUGACUGCCAUGUGACGAAGGCAGCACUGUGCAGUUUGUAUCUCAUGACUAUCUCGUAAUUUCAACUUUUUAUCUUAUAAUUAUGACUUGCAUCGUAGUUACCGUAUGACUUUUCUUUUUUUUUUUUUUUUUUUU